CUGUCCAUGGCCACAUUGAACUUCAUCCUCUCCUCAUCCGAAUCAUUGACACUCCUCAGUUUCAGCGGCUUCGGUAUAUUAAACAGUUGGGAGCCGGUUACUAUGUUUUCCCAGGAGCUUCACACAAUCGAUUUGAACAUAGUCUAGGGAUAUCUUGCAGGUUGUCUACUUCGUGAGCUGCAUGAAAAGCAGCCAGAGCUGAAGAUAAGUCCUCGAGAUAUACUCUGUGUUCAGAUUGCUGGGCUUUGUCAUGAUCUUGGUCAUGGUCCAUUUUCUCAUAUGUUUGAUGGAAGAUUUAUUCCACUUGCUCGCCCAGAUGUGAAGUGGACGCAUGAACAAGGCUCAGUUCAGAUGUUUGAGCACUUAAUAAAGUCUAAUGGACUCAAAGAUGUCAUGCAACACUAUGGACUUGUUCCUGAAGAAGAUAUUUGCUUUAUCAAGGAACAGAUUAUAGGACCACCUGAUUCACCAACGGAUUCAUGUUCUUGGCCAUACAAAGGGCGUCCUAAAGAGAAAGGCUUCCUAUAUGAAAUAGUGGCUAAUAAAAGAAAUGGCAUUGAUGUGGACAAAUGGGAUUAUUUUGCUAGGGACUGCCAUCAUCUUGGAAUAAAAAAUAGUUUUGAUUAUCAACGUUUUAUUAGGUUUGCCCGUGUCUGUGAAGUAGAGGAUGGAAAGCAUAUUUGUACAAGAGAAAAGGAGGUUGGGAAUCUUUAUGAUAUGUUCCACACACGCAACAUCUUGCAUCGUAGAGCUUAUCAGCAUAAAGUCAGUAACAUCAUUGAUAGAAUGAUUACAGAUGCUUUGCUCAAAGCAGACUCCUUCAUAAAGAUUACAGGCACUGAAGGAAAAACGUACCACAUUUCUACAGCAAUUGAUGACAUGGAAGCCUUCACAAAAUUAACAGAUAAUGUUUAUCAACAGAUUCUGUACUCUAAUGAUCCCAAUUUGGAGGCAGCACAAAAGAUUUUAAAAAAAAUUGAAUGCCGUGAACUGUACAAGUAUGUGGGUGAGACUCAGCCAAUGAAACAAAUAAGGAUUCAAAAGGAAGAAUUUAAUCACCUUCCAAAAGAGGUUGCCGAUGCUAAACCUGAGGGAGUAUUUCCAGAAGCUGAACAGGAACCUGAACUGAAAGAUGAAGAUUUCAUAGUGGAUGUUAUCAGCAUGGAUUAUGGAAUGCAAGACAGGAAUCCAAUUGAUCUUGUUGACUUCUAUUGUAAGAGUGACAUCAAUAAAGCAAUCAAGAUUUCGAGAAAUCAGGUCUCACAGCUUUUACCAGAGAGAUUUGCAGAACAGCUGAUUCGAGUAUACUGCAAAAAGAUGGAUGAAAAAAGUUUACAUAAAGCACGGCAACAUUUUGUUCAGUGGUGCUUAUUGAGAAAUUUCACUAAACCACAGGAUGGCGAUGUGGUUGCCCCCCUUAUAACACCUCGAAAACAGGAGUGGAAUUUCACGGGUUUACCCCAUAGUCCUGCUGGAAUCCGGGGAACGUCUGUCAGAACACGGCUGCAUUUCUAAUGAGUGGUAUGGAUGUCUGCAAUCAGUGUUUACAGAAACGCUCUUGCUUCUUCCAACACAACUGAUUGCUUUAGGAAUUUGGUUGCAGUUUCACAAAUUUAGUGACAACUAGUACUUUCAUUCUGUAUUUUGAAUGCUGAAGCUAAGAAAUUUUUAUUCAAGGAAAAAGACAUUAGGCAGUAUUCUUUACAUUAUUUUGCUAAUUUUUAAUACUAACGGAAGCCUUUCUCUUUUAGUAUUCUAUUUUCUUA